UGCCCAUUUCCAGGUGUCCCAAACAGGGCAGCCUGGAUCGUUCGACGCUGGACAAGACGCACAUCCUGAUCGGACGCAAUAUGGCGCAGUGGAAAGAGUCGUUGAGUGGCGAGAUCAACUUGCCUGAUCACAUCCAGCAGGACAGCAACGGGCAAGUGGCUCUCAAAGUUCAACGAGCCCAUCAGCGCUUCGUCUCUUGGUCUCAAGAUUCUCCAAACAAUCCUUGCCCAGAAGCGGUGACGCUAAUUCACUCGCAAAGCGGCCAUUUCGGCAGUGGUGGCGAUGUUGACAAGGUCAAUACGAGCGGAGAACACGGGCCUUUGGUUUCGCCAUUUAUCCCGCGUCAGCGCCUCCUAUGGGCCACGGUCAGCCGUGACCAGGAAUGGGUCAUGUGGAUGUACAACUUCAACAAGGACAGUUACGAGUCGUUGAUUAAGCAGUGCAACAGUCUGGCUCAGUGGCAUAACGCCCGCUGGGCUUUGCUCUCCAGCAUCGUUGCCCAUAAACUGGGUCUCUUCCACAAUCAGCAGUGCUCCGGAAGAGUCCACGCCCACCAAACUCUGCGCAACAAUCCGUUUCUGGUCCUGUCGGAAAUGGAAGCCUUGGUCAAGCUGCACGUCCCGCCCGCCUCACGCGAUUAUAACGCCGGCUCCAGCCGUAAGCCCAGUCAGUCCAGUUUGCCUCACUUGGCUCAUCUGGAGACUUUUAGGGAUAGCAAACCAGCCAGACUGCUGAGCAAUACGCCUUACGGGAAUCAAGGAGAUCUGGUGACUCGGCAGGGUCAGCAAUGGAUCGAGAAGAGAUAUUCCGAACGUCGGGAAGAAAUGCAACGGCUGCUGGUGCUGUUUCCGGCGCGAUCUUCGGGAAAUAAUAUUUCGAUUACUGAAGAUAUUAUCCAGCUGUUCAAACAAGUAGCGAGAAUCAUUCACUACUGCUUCACGCCGCUUCUCUUCCUGCCGAAGUGGCGACUUCAGGUGGCCAGAACUCGGGAUCCUAACAUGGGACAUGAUUACGCUUUCAUCAACCAACGAAUUUUUAAAAUAUCGGCCGAGACACGAGUCUGGAAAUUCCAUCAACAGUGGCGGCCGGAACAGUCCCAGAAAUUCGCCUCCUUGCCAACCUAGAAGACCGACAGAUGAUAACUGGCACCAGUCGUUGUGUUCUGCCUAUUUACAAGAAUACGUGCAAUAUCUCCACACACUGGGCUUCUUGCAGAUGGAAAUCAAACCUUUGGCUACCAAACGGGGCCCAAAAAGCGCUAUGAAAAGUCAAAGACUCGCUGGAGAUGAGACGGGUAGAGUUCGUCAUGUUUCGCAUCCUUCGCGAAUUAAUGGCGGUCCUAGUCCAUCGU